AUGGCGCGCGCUCAAACCAAGGCGCGCGCUCGGACCAAGGCGCGCGCGCGGACCAAGGCGCGCGUGGGAACCAAGGCGCGCGCGGGGACCAAGGCGCGCGCGCGGACCAAGGCGCGCGCGCGGACCAAGGCGCGCGCUCGGACCAAGGCGCGCGCGCAGACCAAGGCGCGCGCUCGGACCAAGGCGCGCGCGGGGACCAAGGCGCGCGCGCCGACCAAGGCGCGCGCUCGGACCAAGGCGCGCGCUCGGACCAAGGCGCGCGCGCGGACCAACGCGCGUGCGCGGACCAAGGCGCGCGCGCGGACCAAGGCGCGUGCUCGGACCAUGGCGCGCGCUCGGACCAAGGCGCACGCUCGGACCAAGGCGCGCGAGCGGACCAAGGCGCGCGUGGGAACCAAGGCGCGCGAGGGGACCAAGGCGCGCGUGCGGACCAAGGCGCGCGCGCGGACCAAGGCGCGCGCUCGGACCAAGGCGCGCGCACCAAGGCGCGCGGACCAAGGCGCGCGCUCGGACCAAGGCGCGCGCACGGACCAUGGCGCGCGCUCAGACCAAGGCGCGCGCUCGGACCAAGGCGCGCGCGCGGACCAAGGCGCGCGUGGGAACCAAGGCGCGCGAGGGGAAGAAGGCGCGCGCGCGGACCAAGGCGCGCGCGCGGACCAAGGCGCGCGCUCGGACCAAGGCGCGCGCUCAUACCAAGGCGCGCGCGCCGACCAAGGCGCGCGCGCGGACCAAGGCGCGCGCUCAGACCAAGGCGCGCGCGCGGACCAAGGCGCGCGCUCGGACCAAGGCGCGCGCGCGGACCAAGGCGCGCGCGCGGACCAAGUCGCGCGCGCGGACCAAGGCGCGCGCGCGGACCAAGGCGCGCGCUCGGACCACGGCGCGCGCACGGACCAACGCGCGCGCUCGGACCAAGGCGCGCGAGGGGACCAAGGUGCGCGCGCAAACCAAGGCGCGCGCGCAGACCAAGGCGCGCGCUCGGACCUAGGCGCGCGCGCGGACCAAGGCGCGCGCGCGGACCAAGGCGCGCGUGCGGACCAAGGCGCGCGUGCGGACCAAGGCGCGCGCGCGGACCAAGGCGCGCGCGCGGACCAAGGCGCGCGCUCGGACCAAGGCGCGCGCUCGGACCAAGGCGCGCGCUCGGACCAAGGCGCGCGCGCGGACCAACGCGCGUGCGCGGACCAAGGCGCGCGCGCGGACCAAGGCGCGCGCUCGGACCAUGGCGCGCGCUCGGACCAAGGCGCACGCUCGGACCAAGGCGCGCGAGCGGACCAAGGCGCGCGUGGGAACCAAGGCGCGCGAGGGGACCAAGGCGCGCGUGCGGACCAAGGCGCGCGCGCGGACCAAGGCGCGCGCUCGGACCAAGGCGCGCGCGUGGACCAAGGCGCGCGUGCAGACCAAGGCGUGCGGACCAAGGCGCGCGCGCGGACCAAGGCGCGCGCUCGGACCAAGGCGCGCGCAGAGACCAAGGCGCGCGCGGGGACCAAGGGGCGCGCGCGGACCAAGGCGCGCGCUCGGACCAAGGCGCGCGUGCGGACCAAGGCGCGCGCGCAGACCAAGGCGCGCGCGCGGACCAAGGCGCGCGCGCGGACCAAGGCGCGCGCUCGGACCAAGGCGCGCGCUCGGACCAAGGCGCGCGCGCGGACCAACGCGCGUGCGCGGACCAAGGCGCGCGCGCGGACCAAGGCGCGCGCUCGGACCAUGGCGCGCGCUCGGACCAAGGCGCACGCUCGGACCAAGGCGCGCGAGCGGACCAAGGCGCGCGUGGGAACCAAGGCGCGCGAGGGGACCAAGGCGCGCGUGCGGACCAAGGCGCGCGCGCGGACCAAGGCGCGCGCUCGGACCAAGGCGCGCGCGUGGACCAAGGCGCGCGUGCAGACCAAGGCGCGCGCGCGCCAACCAAGGCGCGCGCGCGCGCGGACCAAGGCGCGCGCUCGAACCAAGGCGCGCGCGCGGACCAAGGCGCGCGCUCGGACCAAGGCACGCGCGCGGACCAAGGCGCACGCGCGGACCAAGGCGCACGCGCGGACCAAGGCGCGCGCUCGGACCAAGGCGCGCGCGCAGACCAAGGCGCGCGCUCGGACCAAGGCGCGCGCACGGACCAUGGCGCGCGCUCAAACCAAGGCGCGCGCUCGGACCAAGGCGCGCGCGCGGACCAAGGCGCGCGUGGGAACCAAGGCGCGCGCGCGGACCAAGGCGCGCGCGCGGACCAAGGCGCGCGCGCGGACCAAGGCGCGCGCUCGGACCAAGGCGCGCGCGCAGACCAAGGCGCGCGCUCGGACCAAGGCGCGCGCGGGGACCAAGGCGCGCGCGCGGACCAAGGCGCGCGCUCGGACCAAGGCGCGCGCUCGGACCAAGGCGCGCGCGCGGACCAACGCGCGUGCGCGGACCAAGGCGCGCGCGCGGACCAAGGCGCGUGCUCGGACCAUGGCGCGCGCUCGGACCAAGGCGCACGCUCGGACCAAGGCGCGCGAGCGGACCAAGGCGCGCGUGGGAACCAAGGCGCGCGAGGGGACCAAGGCGCGCGUGCGGACCAAGGCGCGCGCGCGGACCAAGGCGCGCGCUCGGACCAAGGCGCGCGCAGACCAAGGCGCGCGCGGGGACCAAGGGGCGCGCGCGGACCAAGGCGCGCGCUCGGACCAAGGCGCGCGUGCGGACCAAGGCGCGCGCGCGGACCAACGCUCGCGCUCGGACCAAGGCGCGCGCGCGGACCAACGCGGGUGCGCGGACCAAGGCGCGCGCUCGGACCAAGGCGCGCGCUCGGACCAAGGCGCGCGCGCGGACCAACGCGCGCGCGCGGACCAAGGCGCGCGCGGGGACCAAGGCGCGCGCGCGGACCAAGGCGCGCGCUCGGACCAAGGCGCGCGCGCGGACCAAGGCGCGCGCGCGGACCAAUUCGCGCGCUCGGACCAAGGCGCGCGCGCCGACCAAGGCGCGCGCGCGGACCAAGGCGCGCCCUCAGACCAAGGCGCGCGCGCGGACCAAGGCGCGCGCUCGGACCAAGGCGCGCGCUCGGACCAAGGCACACGCGCGGACCAAGGCGCGCGCGUGGACCAAGGCGCGCGCUCGGACCAAGGCGCGCGCAGAGACCAAGGCGCGCGCGCGGACGAAGGCGCGCGCGCGGACGAAGGCGCGCGCGCGGACCAAGGCGCGCGCUCGGACCAAGGCGCGCGCGCGGACCAAGGCGCGCGCUCGGACCAAGGCACGCGCGCGGACCAAGGCGCACGCGCGGACCAAGGCGCACGCGCGGACCAAGGCGCGCGCUCGGACCAAGGCGCGCGCGCAGACCAAGGCGCGCGGACCAAGGCGCGCGCUCGGACCAAGGCGCGCGCACGGACCAUGGCGCGCGCUCAGACCAAGGCGCGCGCUCGGACCAAGGCGCGCGCGCGGACCAAGGCGCGCGUGGGAACCAAGGCGCGCGAGGGGAAGAAGGCGCGCGCGCGGACCAAGGCGCGCGCGCGGACCAAGGCGCGCGCUCGGACCAAGGCGCGCGCUCAUACCAAGGCGCGCGCGCCGACCAAGGCGCGCGCGCGGACCAAGGCGCGCGCUCAGACCAAGGCGCGCGCGCGGACCAAGGCGCGCGCUCGGACCAAGGCGCGCGCGCGGACCAAGGCGCGCGCGCGGACCAAGUCGCGCGCGCGGACCAAGGCGCGCGCGCGGACCAAGGCGCGCGCUCGGACCACGGCGCGCGCACGGACCAACGCGCGCGCUCGGACCAAGGCGCGCGAGGGGACCAAGGCGCGCGCUCGGACCAAGGCGCGCGCGCGGACCAAGGCGCGCGCACGGACCAAGGCGCGCACACGGACCAACGCGCACGCUCGGACCAAGGCGCGCGCUCGGACCAAGGCGCGCGCUCGGACCAAGGCGCGCGCGCGGACCAAGGCGCGCGCGCUGACAAAGGCGCGCGCGCGGACCAAGGCGCGCGCUUGGACCAAGGCGCGCGCGCAGACCAAGGCGCGCGCUCGGACCAAGGCGCGCGCGGGGACCAAGGCGCGCGCGCGGACCAAGGCGCGCGCUCGGACCAAGGCGCGCGCGCGGACCAAGGCGCGCGUGCGGACCAAGGCGCGCGCGCGGACCAACGCGCGCGCUCGGACCAAGGCGCGCGCGGACCAACGCGGGCGCGCGCGGACCAAGGCACGCGCGCGGACCAAGGCACGCGCGCGGACCAAGGCGCACGCGCGGACCAAGGCGCACGCGCGGACCAAGGCGCGCGCUCGGACCAAGGCGCGCGCGCGGACCAAGGCGCGCGCGCGGACCAAGGCGCGCGCGCGGACCAAGGCGCGCGCGCGGACCAAGGCGCGCGCGCGGACCAAGGCGCACGCGCGGACCAGGGCGCGCGUGAGACCAAGGCGCGCGCGGACCAACGCGCGCGCGCGGACCAAGGCGCGCGCGCGGACCAAGGCGCGCGCUCGGACCAAGGCGCGCGCUCGGACCAAGGCGCGCGCUCGGACCAAGGCGCGCGCGCAGACCAAGGCGCGCGCUCGGACCAAGGCGCGCGCGGGGACCAAGGCGCGCGCGCGGACCAAGGCGCGCGCUCGGACCAAGGCGCGCGCUCGGACCAAGGCGCGCGCGCCGACCAACGCGCGUGCGCGGACCAAGGCGCGCGCGCGGACCAAGGCGCGCGCUCGGACCAUGGCGCGCGCUCGGACCAAGGCGCACGCUCGGACCAAGGCGCGCGAGCGGACCAAGGCGCGCGUGGGAACCAAGGCGCGCGAGGGGACCAAGGCGCGCGUGCGGACCAAGGCGCGCGCGCGGACCAAGGCGCGCGCUCGGACCAAGGCGCGCGCGUGGACCAAGGCGCGCGCUCGGACCAUGGCGCGCGCUCGGACCAAGGCGCACGCUCGGACCAAGGCGCGCGAGCGGACCAGGGCGCGCGUGGGAACCAAGGCGCGCGAGGGGACCAAGGCGCGCGUGCGGACCAAGGCGCGCGCGCGGACCAAGGCGCGCGCUCGGACCAAGGCGCGCGCUCGGACCAAGGCGCGCGCGUGGACCAAGGCGCGCGCGCGCGCGCGGACCAAGGCGCGCGCUCGGACCAAGGCGCGCGCAGAGACCAAGGCGCGCGCGGGGACCAAGGGGCGCGCGCGGACCAAGGCGCGCGCUCGGACCAAGGCGCGCGUGCGGACCAAGGCGCGCGCGCGGACCAACGCUCGCGCUCGGACCAAGGCGCGCGCGCGGACCAACGCGGGUGCGCGGACCAAGGCGCGCGCUCGGACCAAGGCGCGCGCUCGGACCAAGGCGCGCGCGCGGACCAACGCGCGCGCGCGGACCAAGGCGCGCGCGGGGACCAAGGCGCGCGCGCGGACCAAGGCGCGCGCUCGGACCAAGGCGCGCGCGCGGACCAAGGCGCGCGCGCGGACCAAUUCGCGCGCUCGGACCAAGGCGCGCGCGCCGACCAAGGCGCGCCCUCGGACCAAGGCGCGCGCGCGGACCAAGGCGCGCGCUCGGACCAAGGCGCGCGCUCGGACCAAGGCGCGCGCGCGGACCAAGGCGCGCGCGUGGACCAAGGCGCGCGCUCGGACCAAGGCGCGCGCAGAGACCAAGGCGCGCGCGGGGACCAAGGGGCGCGCGCGGACCAAGGCGCGCGCUCGGACCAAGGCGCGCGUGCGGACCAAGGCGCGCGCGCGGACCAACGCGCGCGCUCGGACCAAGGCGCACGCGCGGACCAACACGGGUGCGCGGACCAAGGCGCGCGCUCGGACCAAGGCGCGCGUUCGGACCAAGGCGCGCGCGCGGACGAAGGCGCGCGCGCGGACCAAGGCGUGCGCUCGGACCAAGGCGCGCGCGCGGACCAAGGCGCGCGCUCGGACCAAGGCACGCGCGCGGACCAAGGCGCACGCGCGGACCAAGGCGCACGCGCGGACCAAGGCGCGCGCUCGGACCAAGGCGCGCGCGCAGACCAAGGCGCGCGGACCAAGGCGCGCGCUCGGACCAAGGCGCGCGCACGGACCAUGGCGCGCGCUCAGACCAAGGCGCGCGCUCGGACCAAGGCGCGCGCGCGGACCAAGGCGCGCGCGCGCGCGCCAACCAAGGCGCGCGCGCGCGCGGACCAAGGCGCGCGCUCGGACCAAGGCGCGCGCGCGGACCAAGGCGCGCGCACGGACCAAGGCGCGCACACGGACCAACGCGCACGCUCGGACCAAGGCGCGCGCUCGGACCAAGGCGCGCGCUCGGACCAAGGCGCGCGCGCGGACCAAGGCGCGCGCGCUGACAAAGGCGCGCGCGCGGACCAAGGCGCGCGCUCGGACCAAGGCGCGCGCGCAAACCAAGGCGCGCGCUCGGACCAAGGCGCGCGCGGGGACCAAGGCGCGCGCGCGGACCAAGGCGCACACUCGGACCAAGGCGCGCGCUCGGACCAAGGCGCGCGCGCGGACCAACGCGCGUGCGCGGACCAAGGCGCGCGCGCGGACCAAGGCGCGCGCUCGGACCAUGGCGCGCGCUCGGACCAAGGCGCACGCUCGGACCAAGGCGCGCGAGCGGACCAAGGCGCGCGUGGGAACCAAGGCGCGCGAGGGGACCAAGGCGCGCGUGCGGACCAAGGCGCGCGCGCGGACCAAGGCGCGCGCUCGGACCAAGGCGCGCGCGUGGACCAAGGCGCGCGCUCGGACCAUGGCGCGCGCUCGGACCGAGGCGCACGCUCGGACCAAGGCGCGCGAGCGGACCAAGGCGCGCGCGCGCGCGCGGACCAAGGCGCGCGCUCGGACCAAGGCGCGCGCAGAGACCAAGGCGCGCGCGGGGACCAAGGGGCGCGCGCGGACCAAGGCGCGCGCUCGGACCAAGGCGCGCGUGCGGACCAAGGCGCGCGCGCGGACCAACGCGCGCGCUCGGACCAAGGCGCGCGCGCGGACCAACGCGGGUGCGCGGACCAAGGCGCGCGCUCGGACCAAGGCGCGCGUUCGGACCAAGGCGUGCGCGCGGACGAAGGCGCGCGCGCGGACCAAGGCGCGCGCUCGGACCAAGGCGCGCGCGCCGACCAAGGCGCGCGCGCGGACCAAGGCGCGCGCGCGGACCAAGGCGCACGCGCGGACCAAGGCGCACGCGCGGACCAAGGCGCGCGCUCGGACCAAGGCGCGCGUGCGGACCAAGGCGCGCGCGCGGACCAAGGCGCGCGCGCGGACCAAGGCGCGCGCUCAGACCAGGGCGCGCGCUCAGACCAAGGCGCGCGCGGACCAACGCGCGCGCGCGGACCAAGGCGCGCGCUCGGACCAAGGCGCGCGCUCGGACCAAGGCGCGCGCGCAGACCAAGGCGCGCGCUCGGACCAAGGCGCGCGCGGGGACCAAGGCGCGUGCGCGGACCAAGGCGCGCGCUCGGACCAAGGCGCGCGCUCGGACCAAGGCGCGCGCGCGGACCAACGCGCGUGCGCGGACCAAGGCGCGCGCGCGGACCAAGGCGCGCGCUCGGACCAUGGCGCGCGCUCGGACCAAGGCGCACGCUCGGACCAAGGCGCGCGAGCGGACCAAGGCGCGCGUGGGAACCAAGGCGCGCGAGGGGACCAAGGCGCGCGUGCGGACCAAGGCGCGCGCGCGGACCAAGGCGCGCGCUCGGACCAAGGCGCGCGCGUGGACCAAGGCGCGCGCUCGGACCAUGGCGCGCGCUCGGACCAAGGCGCACGCUCGGACCAAGGCGCGCGAGCGGACCAGGGCGCGCGUGGGAACCAAGGCGCGCGAGGGGACCAAGGCGCGCGUGCGGACCAAGGCGCGCGCGCGGACCAAGGCGCGCGCUCGGACCAAGGCGCGCGCUCGGACCAAGGCGCGCGCGUGGACCAAGGCGCGCGUGCAGACCAAGGCGUGCAGACCAAGGCGCGCGCUCGGACCAAGGCGCGCGCGCGGACCAAGGCGCGCGCUCGGACCAAGGCGCGCGCGCAGACCAAGGCGCGCGCUCGGACCAAGGCGCGCGCUCGGACCAAGGCGCGCGCUCGGACCAAGGCGCGCGCGCGGACCAACGCGCGUGCGCGGACCAAGGCGCGCGCGCGGACCAAGGCGCGCGCUCGGACCAUGGUGCGCGCUCGGACCAAGGCGCACGCUUGGACCAAGGCGCGCGAGCGGACCAAGGCGCGCGUGGGAACCAAGGCGCGCGAGGGGACCAAGGCGCGCGCGCGCGCGCGGACCAAGGCGCGCGCUCGGACCAAGGCGCGCGCAGAGACCAAGGCGCGCGCGGGGACCAAGGGGCGCGCGCGGACCAAGGCGCGCGCUCGGACCAAGGCGCGCGUGCGGACCAAGGCGCGCGCGCGGACCAACGCUCGCGCUCGGACCAAGGCGCGCGCGCGGACCAACGCGGGUGCGCGGACCAAGGCGCGCGCUCGGACCAAGGCGCGCGCUCGGACCAAGGCGCGCGCGCGGACCACCGCGCGCGCGCGGACCAAGGCGCGCGCUCGGACCAAGGCGCGCGCGCGGACCAAGGCGCGCGCGCGGACCAAUUCGCGCGCUCGGACCAAGGCGCGCCCUCGGACCAAGGCGCGCGCGCGGACCAAGGCGCGCGCUCGGACCAAGGCGCGCGCUCGGACCAAGGCGCGCGCGCGGACCAAGGCGCGCGCGUGGACCAAGGCGCGCGCUCGGACCAAGGCGCGCGCAGAGACCAAGGCGCGCGCGGGGACCAAGGGGCGCGCGCGGACCAAGGCGCGCGCUCGGACCAAGGCGCGCGUGCGGACCAAGGCGCGCGCGCGGACCAACGCGCGCGCUCGGACCAAGGCGCACGCGCGGACCAACACGGACCAAGGCGCGCGCUCGGACCUAGGCGCGCGCGCCAACCAAGGCGCGCGCGCGCGGACCAAGGCGCGCGCUCGGACCAAGGCGCGCGCGCGGACCAAGGCGCGCGCACGGACCAACGCGCGCGCACGGACCAACGCGCACGCUCGGACAAAGGCGCGCGCUCGGACCAAGGCGCGCGCUCGGACCAAGGCGCGCGCGCGGACCAAGGCGCGCGCGCUGACAAAGGCGCGCGCGCGGACCAAGGCGCGCGCGCGGACCAAGGCGCGCGCUCGGACCAAGGCGCGCGCGCAGACCAAGGCGCGCGCUCGGACCAAGGCGCGCGCGGGGACCAAGGCGCGCGCGCGGACCAAGGCGCGCGCUCGGACCAAGGCGCGCGCUCGGACCAAGGCGCGCGCGCGGACCAACGCGCGUGCGCGGACCAAGGCGCGCGCGCGGACCAAGGCGCGCGCUCGGACCAUGGCGCGCGCUCGGACCAAGGCGCACGCUCGGACCAAGGCGCGCGUGGGAACCAAGGCGCGCGAGGGGACCAAGGCGCGCGUGCGGACCAAGGCGCGCGCGCGGACCAAGGCGCGCGCUCGGACCAAGGCGCGCGCGUGGACCAAGGCGCGCGCUCGGACCAUGGCGCGCGCUCGGACCAAGGCGCACGCUCGGACCAAGGCGCGCGAGCGGACCAAGGCGCGCGUGGGAACCAAGGCGCGCGAGGGGACCAAGGCGCGCGUGCGGACCAAGGCGCGCGCGCGGACCAAGGCGCGCGCUCGGACCAAGGCGCGCGCGUGGACCAAGGCGCGCGCGCAGACCAAGGCGUGCGGACCAAGGCGCGCGCUUGGACCAAGGCGCGCGCGCGGACCAAGGCGCGCGCUCGGACCAAGGCGCGCGCAGAGACCAAGGCGCGCGCGGGGACCAAGGGGCGCGCGCGGACCAAGGCGCGCGCUCGGACCAAGGCGCGCGUGCGGACCAAGGCGCGCGCGCUCGGACCAAGGCGCGCGUGCGGACCAACGCGGGUGCGCGGACCAAGGCGCGCGCUCGGACCAAGGCGUGCGCGCGGACGAAGGCGCGCGCGCGGACCAAGGCGCGCGCUCGGACCAAGGCGCGCGCGCCGACCAAGGCGCGCGCGCGGACCAAGGCACGCGCGCGGACCAAGGCGCACGCGCGGACCAAGGCGCACGCGCGGACCAAGGCGCGCGCUCGGACCAAGGCGCGCGUGCGGACCAAGGCGCGCGCGCGGACCAAGGCGCGCGCGCGGACCAAGGCGCACGCGCGGACCAAGGCGCGCGCUCAGACCAGGGCGCGCGUGAGACCAAGGCGCGCGCGGACCAACGCGCGCGCGCGGACCAAGGCGCGCGCUCGGACCAAGGCGCGCGCGCGGACCAAGGCGCGCGCUCGGACCAAGGCGCGCGCUCGGACCAAGGCGCGCGCGCGGACCAAGGCGCGCGUGGGAACCAAGGCGCGCGAGGGGACCAAGGCGCGCGCGCAAACCAAGGCGCGCGCGUAGACCAAGGCGCGCGCUCGGACCAAGGCGCGCGCGCGGACCAAGGCGCGCACACGGACCAACGCGCACGCUCGGACCAAGGCGCGCGCUCGGACCAAGGCGCGCGCGCUGACAAAGGCGCGCGCGCGGACCAAGGCGCGCGCGCGUACCAAGGCGCGCGCUCGGACCAAGGCGCGCGCUCGGACCAAAACGCGCGCGCAGACCAAGGCGCGCGCUCGGACCAAGGCGCGCGCGGGGACCAAGGCGCGCGCGCGGACCAAGGCGCGCGCUCGGACCAAGGCGCGCGCGCACACCAAGGCGCGCGCGCGGACCAAGGCGCGCGCUCGGACCAAGGCGCGCGCGCGGACCAAGGCGCGCACACGGACCAACGCGCACGCUCGAACCAAGGCGCGCGCUCGGACCAAGGCGCGCGUUCGGACCAAGGCGCGCGCGCGGACCAAGGCGCGCGCGCUGACAAAGGCGCGCGCGCGGACCAAGGCGCGCGCGCGCGUACCAAGGCGCGCGCUCGGACCAAGGCGCGCGCUCGGACCAAAACGCGCGCGCAGACCAAGGCGCGCGCUCGGACCAAGGCGCGCGCGGGGACCAAGGCGCGCGCGCGGACCAAGGCGCGCGCUCGGACCAAGGCGCGCGCGCGGACCAAGGCGCGCGCGCGGACCAAGGCGCGCGCUCGGACCAAGGCGCGCGCGCGCGCGCGGACCAAGGCGCGCGCUCGGACCAAGGCGCGCUCUCAUACCAAGGCGCGCGCGCGGACCAAGGCGCGCGCGCGGACCAAGGCGCGCGCUCAGACCAAGGCGCGCGCGCGGACCAAGGUGCGCGCUCGGACCAAGGCGCGCGCGCGCACCAAGGCGCGCGCUCGGACCAAGGCGCGCGCGCGGACCAACGCGCGCGCUCGGACCAAGGCGCGCGCUCGGACCAAGGCGGGCGCGGGGACCAAGGCGCGCGCGAGGACCAAGGCGCGCGCGGAGACCAAGGCGCGCGCGGGGACCAAGGCGCGCGCGGGGAAUAAGGCGCGCGCGGGGACCAAGGCGCGCGCGGGAACCAAGGCGCGCGCGCAGGGACCAAGGCGCGCGCGUGGACCAAGGCGCGCGCGUGGACCAAGGCGCGCGCGUGGACCAGGGCGCGCGCGUGGACCAAGGCGCGCGCGUGGACCAGGGGACCAGGGCGCGCGCGUGGACCAGGGCGCGCGCGUGGACCAGGGCGCGCGCGUGGACCAGGGCGCGCCCGUGGACCAGGGCGCGCCCGUGGACCAGGGCGCGCGCGUGGACCAGGGCGCGCGCGUGGACCAGGGCGCGCGCGUGGACCAGGGCACGCGCGUGGACCUGGGCGCGCGCGUGGACCAGGGCACGCGCGUGGACCAGGGCGCGCGCGUGGACCAGGGCACGCGCGUGGACCAUGGCGCGCGCGUGGACCAAGGCGCGCGCGUGGACCAAGGCGCGCGCGUGGACCAAGGCGCGCGCAGACCAAGGCGCGCGCAGACCAAGGCGCGCGUGGACCAGGGCGCGCGCGUGGACCAGGGCGCGCGCAUGGACCAGGGCACGCGCGUGGACCAUGGCGCGCGCGUGGACCAAGGCGCGCGCGUGGACCAAGGCGCGCGCGCGCGCGCUUGGACCAAGGCGCGCGCGGGGACCAAGGCGCUCGCAGGGACCAAGGCGCGCGCGGGGACCAAGGCGCGCGCGUGGACCAAGGCGCGCGCGUGGACCAAGGCGCGCGCGUGGACCAAGGCGCGCGCGUGGACCAAGGCGCGCGCGUGGACCAAGGCGCGCGCAGACCAAGGCGCGCGCAGACCAAGGCGCACGUGGACCAAGGCGCGCGCGUGGACCAAGGCGCGCGCUUGGACCAAGGCGCGCGCGGGGACCAAGGCGCGCGCGGGGACCAAGGCGCGCGCGGGGACCAAGGCGCGCGCGUGGACCAAGGCGUGCGCGUGGACCAAGGCGCGCGCAUGGACCAAGGCGCGCGCGGGGACCAAGGCGCGCGAAGGGACCAAGGCGCGCGCGUGGACCAAGGCGCGCGCGUGGACCAAGGCGCGGGCGUGGACCAAGGCGCGCGCGUGGACCAGGGGACCAGGGCGCGCGCGUGGACCAGGGGACCAGGGCGCGCGCGUGGACCAGGGCGCGCGCGUGGACCAGGGCGCGCGCGUGGACCAGGGCGCGCCCGUGGACCAGGGCGCGCGCGUGGACCAGGGCGCGCGCGUGGACCAGGGCGCGCGCGUGGACCAGGGCGCGCGCGUGGACCUGGGCGCGCGCGUGGACCAGGGCGCGCGCGUGGACCAGGGCGCGCGCGUGGACCAGGGCACGCGCGUGGACCAUGGCGCGCGCGUGGACCAAGGCGCGCGCGUGGACCAAGGCGCGCGCGUGGACCAAGGCGCGCGCAGACCAAGGCGCGCGCAGACCAAGGCGCGCGUGGACCAAGGCGCGCGCGUGGACCAAGGCGCGCGCUUGGACCAAGGCGCGCGCGGGGACCAAGGCGCGCGCAGGGACCAAGGCGCGCGCGGGGACCAAGGCGCGCGCGUGGACCAAGGCGCGCGCGUGGACCAAGGCGCGCGCAUGGACCAAGGCGCGCGCGGGGACCAAGGCGCGCGCAGGGACCAUGGCGCGCGCGUGGACCAAGGCGCGCGCGUGGACCAAGGCGCGCGCGUGGACCAGGGCGCGCGCGGCGCGCCCGUGGACCAGGGCGCGCCCGUGGACCAGGGCGCGCGCGUGGACCAGGGCGCGCGCGUGGACCAGGGCACGCGCGUGGACCUGGGCGCGCGCGUGGACCAGGGCGCGCGCGUGGACCAGGGCGCGCGCGUGGACCAGGGCACGCGCGUGGACCAUGGCGCGCGCGUGGACCAAGGCGCGCGCGUGGACCAAGGCGCGCGCGUGGACCAAGGCGCGCGCAGACCAAGGCGCGCGCAGACCAAGGCACGCGUGGACCAAGGCGCGCGCGUGGACCAAGGCGCGCGCUUGGACCAAGGCGCGCGCGGGGACCAAGGCGCGCGCAGGGACCAAGGCGCGCGCGGGGACCAAGGCGCGCGCGUGGACCAAGGCGCGCGCGUGGACCAAGGCGCGCGCAUGGACCAAGGCGCGCGCGGGGACCAAGGCGCGCGCAGGGACCAAGGGGCGCGCGUGGACCAAGGCGCGCGCGUGGACCAAGGCGCGCGCGUGGACCAGGGCGCGCGCGUGGACCAAGGCGCGCGCGUGGACCAGGGGACCAGGGCGCGCGCGUGGACCAGGGCGCGCGCGUGGACCAGGGCGCGCCCGUGGACCAGGGCGCGCCCGUGGACCAGGGCGCGCGCGUGGACCAGGGCGCGCGCGUGGACCAGGGCACGCGCGUGGACCUGGGCGCGCGCGUGGACCAGGGCGCGCGCGUGGACCAGGGCGCGCGCGUGGACCAGGGCGCGCGCGUGGACCAUGGCGCGCGCGUGGACCAAGGCGCGCGCGUGGACCAAGGCGCGCGCGUGGACCAAGGCGCGCGCAGACCAAGGCGCGCGCAGACCAAGGCGCGCGUGGACCAAGGCGCGCGCGUGGACCAAGGCGCGCGCUUGGACCAAGGCGCGCGCGGGGACCAAGGCGCUCGCAGGGACCAAGGCGCGCGCGGGGACCAAGGCGCGCGCGUGGACCAAGGCGCGCGCGGGGACCAAGGCGCGCGCGUGGACCAAGGCGCGCGCGUGGACCAAGGCGCGCGCAUGGACCAAGGCGCGCGCGGGGACCAAGGCGCGCGCAGGGACCAAGGCGCGCGCGUGGACCAAGGCGCGCGCGUGGACCAGGGGACCAGGGCGCGCGCGUGGACCAAGGCGCGCGCGUGGACCAGGGGACCAGGGCGCGCGCGUGGACCAGGGCGCGCGCGUGGACCAGGGCGCGCGCGUGGACCAGGGCGCGCCCGUGGACCAGGGCGCGCCCGUGGACCAGGGCGCGCCCGUGGACCAGGGCGCGCGCGUGGACCAGGGCGCGCGCGUGGACCAGGGCGCGCGCGUGGACCAGGGCACGCGCGUGGACCUGGGCGCGCGCGUGGACCAGGGCGCGCGCGUGGACCAGGGCGCGCGCGUGGACCAGGGCACGCGCGUGGACCAUGGCGCGCGCGUGGACCAAGGCGCGCGCGUGGACCAAGGCGCGCGCGCGCGCGCUUGGACCAAGGCGCGCGCGGGGACCAAGGCGCGCGCAGGGACCAAGGCGCGCGCGGGGACCAAGGCGCGCGCGUGGACCAAGGCGCGCGCGUGGACCAAGGCGCGCGCGUGGACCAAGGCGCGCUCGUGGACCAAGGCGCGCGCGUUGACCAAGGCGCGCGCAGACCAAGGCGCGCGCAGACCAAGGCGCGCGUGGACCAAGGCGCGCGCGUGGACCAAGGCGCGCGCUUGGACCAAGGCGCGCGCGGGGACCAAGGCGCGCGCAGGGACCAAGGCGCGCGCGGGGACCAAGGCGCGCGCGUGGACCAAGGCGCGCGCGUGGACCAAGGCGCGCGCAUGGACCAAGGCGCGCGCGGGACCAAGGCGCGCGCAGGGACCAAGGCGCGCGCGUGGACCAAGGCGCGCGCGUGGACCAAGGCGCGCGCGUGGACCAAGGCGCGCGCGUGGACCAGGGCGCGCGCGUGGACCAAGGCGCGCGCGUGGACCAGGGGACCAGGGCGCGCGCGUGGACCAGGGCGCGCGCGUGGACCAGGGUGCGCGCGUGGACCAGGGCGCGCCCGUGGACCAGGGCGCGCCCGUGGAUCAGGGCGCGCGCGUGGACCAGGGCGCGCGCGUGGACCAGGGCGCGCGCGUGGACCAGGGCACGCGCGUGGACCUGGGCGCGCGCGUGGACCAGGGCGCGCGCGUGGACCAGGGCGCGCGCGUGGACCAGGGCACGCGCGUGGACCAUGGCGCGCGCGUGGACCAAGGUGCGCGCGUGGACCACGGCGCGCGCGUGGACCAAGGCGCGCGCAGACCAAGGCGCGCGCAGACCAAGGCGCGCGUGGACCAAGGCGCGCGCGUGGACCAAGGCGCGCGCUUGGACCAAGGCGCGCGCGGGGACCAAGGCGCGCGCAGGGACCAAGGCGCGCGCGGGGACCAAGCGCGCGCGUGGACCAAGGCGCGCGCGUGGACCAAGGCGCGCGCAUGGACCAAGGCGCGCGCGCCAGCAGCAGUGUGCUGGCAGCGGUGGGGCAGAGCCCCUCUCAGGACAACCUGGUCGUCUGGGACUCUUGAGACUUCUCGAGUUGGAGUGGCGUUCAUAGGGGCGAGCAGCAGUGUGCUGGCAGCGGUGGGGCAGAGCCCCUCUCAGGACAACCUGGUCGUCUGGGACUCCCUUUCCCUGGCCAAUACCAUCCCACCCCACCCCGUUCCACCCCUCCACACCCCACUCUCUCCUCACAGUGGCGUGGCGUUCAUAGGCGCCAGCAGCAGUGUGCUGGCAGCGGUGGGAAUGAGCCCCUCUCAGGACAACCUGGUCGUCUGGGACUCCCUCGCCCCGCCCAACGCCUCCCGCGUUGCCAUCAACUGCCACCAAGGCAAGUCCAGGAGUUGCCAUUCAGGCCUAAGUUUCCUGCUAUGCAUGAGCUCUUGCGUGCUUUCCUGCCACUCUCCCGUCAAGUCACCACCCUCCCUCAUACCCCUCUCGCCCCUCCCACCCCUUCCCUGUGCAACAGAGACCUUCCUCCGUUUCUCUCUCGGCAUCUCCCCUCUCACCAUCAUCCCUCUCAUCUCCCACAACCAUAGGCUGUGCCACCAGCAUUGCCAUUGUGGACAACACAGGCCGUGCCACAGGAAGCACGAGUCACCAAAGGCUGCUCUCCCUCUUACCAUCAUCUCCCCCUAA